UCGGCUGAUCGAACGAUAAAAAACGAGGCAAAAAGGAGGAAAAAAGGACUAACAAUAUAUAUAGAUCCCUCUGUCGGUAUUUAGUGUAAAUUGCUGUGUCGUUAAGCGGAUUAUAAAUGGCCGCCAUCACCAAAGACUUCAUAGAUAUUAAUCUGUCUACCGAUGAACUGAUGCUGAAAGAGCUCGAGCGCCGCGAUGGCAUUUAUUCGUUCAUUUUCCACGAACUAGAAGUGCCCAAAGCGGAAACACCAACAGCCAGCAUAUCGCCUGACAAGUUGAUUGACAGAAAUCAUGAAGCAGCAAAGACACCGGCAAUGAGUGAGAACGAAGUUAGCGCUGACAACAACAAUGCCACCGACAGCAAUAACCCGUCCGAUAAGUUCAAAAUCCGAACUGAAACAGUGCUCAUACAGCGUUCCAAUGUAAUUUGCCAUUCGAAUAGUACGCUAACAGCAACAGCAACAAAAACCAAGACAAUGAUUUACACCGCACCCACAACAACAACGCUCAACAACACUCCACCAAGCAACAAGAGUCCGAUGGAAACCGCAAUGGCUACCUCAACAAACGCAACACCAACAAUGCUACCCAGCCUAUUUACAACUACACCACUGACAGCAACAACAUACGCAACACCGUUCACAAAUGGCAACGUGCUGCCGCCGGCCGCUUGCUUCCCUAGCCUCAGCGGCAUCAACAUGCGCAGCUAUCACGAACACUUCAAGACAUGGCAUCCGCCGCCAACGCUCGUCUAUGACAAUCCCAAGCUCUAUGCGUACAUGGCCAAUUGCGGGUUUCGCGUGCGCCUGGCCACGCCGCGCUUCUCGCACAUCACGGCGCCUUUGGUGCGCAAUCGGCGACACGCGCUCAAGGAGACGCCCCAGUACAAGCGGAUGUCGGAGUUGAGUAUGUGUGCACCGGUCGCCGAUUUGCGUGCGCUCUUUCCGCUCGACCCCGACGUGCAUGCGCCAUUUGCUGCGACAAUAGGUAUUGUGGAGGACACGUCGAUGACCGAUGUUGAUGCGGGGGUUGGGGAAUUGCCGGAAAUCGGUUGCUGUGCUGGUGCUUCUUUGAUGCAGGACGCACCGCUGCUAAAGUGAUGGGUGGUGCAGUUUUUGAUAAUUAAA